CUUACUCCUCCAAGCAUGGCAUCUGCAAGCAGCUCUGCUCAGGCUGCCUUCGGACUGGGCCGCAAAAAGAAGAACCCUGGGCUCUUGGAUCAGAUUGGGAAGUUCUUUGGAGGGGACAAGAAAAGGAAGGGCAAGGGCUCUUUCCGAGGUGCUCUCUCUCCAGCCCCUCAGAAAGCAUCCGUGACCUCACCACGUAAACGAGGAGGAGAGAAUGCCGUGGUCCAUUUCUUCCGCACGAUCGUGAGUAAUGCCCACAGUGAGCAACACCUCUCUAACACUCACAGGCCUCACACGUCAGAAGAUUCAAAGUGCUCCGGCAAUGUGUCCCCUUCCCGUCCCAAGUCUAGGUGGAGAGGACUAGCAAACAAGAUAGGCCUGGGCCACCAAAAGUCAAGCAAGAAGACCAGUGCAGGGGAUGGAAAAGGCACCCUGACUAGGAUCUUCAAAAUGUGAUGAUCUCAGCAGCAGCAGAGGCAGCAGGAGUGCUUCUCCAGCCAAACGCUGAAGACCCCUCUACAGCCCCUUUCCAACAUCAGGAGGGUCGUUGUUUUAGAGCUCAUGGGGAGAGGGGGGGACAAAAAAGAAAAAAAACUGACCUUUCCAACAGUGUUUUGUUAACACCCUAAUGUUUGCUAAAGCCCCCCCACCCCUGUUGACAGAUAGCAACACAAUCUGUCCCUCUGUCCAUCAUGUCCUGCUGCUCAGUCCAUCAGCUCCAGUGUGAACCUUUUUCUGACCCUGAAGCCGCUCACGUGUGCAGCCUGAAUGAGCCCCCCUGCCCCGCCCCCCUCUAUACAGUUUAAGUUUCUGUGUUGUCUGUGAUGCUUUUCUAACUGAACUGAUGCAGAGCUGAUGUAAGCGUCAGCACCAACACCAGGCUGCUCAGUGUUUUCUGUUCUGUCUCACUGUCUGCGUCUCCCCCAUCACCCCCACCCCCACCCCACCCUUCACUUUGAUCAUUGUUUAAUGAAAACUGAAACUCAUUUUACAUCAUUAGAAACAUUUUGAUCAUGAUGUUUUUAUUUCCCCGUCGUGUCGGUGCUGUAGUUAAGUGUCCUGUCAUGAACGUGAUGUUUGUCACCAUCAGACCUGAAGCCGCCUUCAUUUAAUGCUAAAAUAAACCAUCUGAGUCCGUUUCAAGUCUAAUUUACAUUUAAGAGAAUUUGUUAAUUCCAUGUUGAGUUUUUUUUCCUAAAAGAAUUAAACCUGAAGAAUGAUGUCAGAUUCAGGCUUGUAUUUAACACUCUGUUGUUUUGUUUUAAUGCACAGAUCACAAAAUGUCCGUUUGUUUCACAAAAUCUCUGCUCAAAGUGCCUUCCUGACUGCCAAAACCCAAUGAGCUGUGUCUUUCCAACACAUAAUAAAGGAAAAACACACCAUUUCAAAAAGGUGCUCUUGUACUAACUUUAACAACUCAAAAGUUUUUCCUUCUUGAAUGUGUGAGUUUGAUGUAAAAACUACUGAAAAGGUAAAGGUCAGCAGAAGAUGAGCUCCAUCCAUCUGUCAGAAGCAGGUGUGUGUGCUGUGCAGCAUUUAGCUCUGAAACUGUGUGUGUGCUUGAGCUUUGUGAGUUUGCCAUGUUUUCUUUUUCUGAAUGGAUCCUGGGAAUGAAUGUAAACAACCUCCUUAUUAUUGUAUGUGUAAUAAAACAUGAUCAGCCACUUAACUGAGAAUAAAAUCAAAAAAUAAAUAAAAACCAUAAACCUACCCCA